GUAGAAAUCCAAAAGACACUGCUGUUUCUUUCUUCUAUUUUCACAAAAUGGUAAAACAUUACCCAACUAUGACUCGUGGAGUGAAUUUCUGAAUGAUUUCUGCGAUGGGAAUCUUGUUUUGGAGACUGGUUUUCUAUGAACUCCUAUUGGUGGAGUCAACGCAACGAUAAAAACGUACUGUUCGUCAAAUACGAAGACAUGCAAAGAAGUCUCAGUGAUGUUGUUGAGAAAGUUGCAUCGUUCCUCGGAUGGCCUAUUACGGACAAAAAUCUACCCGAGCUUCUCAAACACUGGAGAGUUGGUGAUUGGAAAAAUCACUUCACCGUUGCCGAAAGCGAAGCUUUUGAUGAACUUUAUCGAGAGAAGAUGGCGGGCACUGGUCUAAAAUUUGAUUACGAACUAUAGGCCCUCUCAUCUGACCACAACAGGGGCUGUAUAGACUAGUACAGCAGGGUAACCUCCUACUCGUCUGUAAACAUGUUCUGUGUUGUUUAGUGCACAUGAGCCAAUCAUUGUUUACUGGGUCUAUAGAGGGACCUUAUCUCUAGAAGAUUUGUUCCACCUCCAGAACCAUAGGCGAGCGUGCCCGCGCCGAUAUUAGUAGUUUGUUUCGUGUACUCCAAUUUUGGGCACCCAAUAUUACA